CUGGGCUCCGGCGAGAUGGAGGCGGCGGCGGCCUUGGGAGCCGAGCUGGGUGUGCGGAUCGCGCUCUUCGCCGUUUUCCUCGUGACCGAGCGGCUCGCCCCCUUCCAGCGGCGCAUCCAGCCCGAGGAAAUGUGGCUCUACCGGAACCCGUACGUGGAGGCCGAGUUCCUCCCCGCCGGGCCCAUGUUUGUCAUUGCCUUUCUGUCUCCACUGUCCCUGAUCUUCCUAGCCAAGUUUCUAAAGAAGGCGGACACCACCGACAGCAAGCAAGCCUGCCUGGCUGCCAGUCUUGCCCUAGCUCUGAACGGUGUUUUUACCAACACAAUAAAACUCAUCGUGGGGCGGCCACGCCCAGACUUCCUGUACCGCUGCUUCCCUGAUGGGCUAGCCCAUUCUGAUUUGCUGUGCACUGGAAAUAAGGAUGUGGUGAAUGAGGGUCGUAAGAGCUUCCCAAGUGGACAUUCUUCCUUUGCAUUUGCUGGCCUGGCCUUUGCUUCCUUCUAUCUGGCUGGAAAGUUACACUGCUUUACACCACAAGGCCGUGGAAAAUCCUGGAGGCUCUGUGCCUUUCUGUUGCCUCUACUAUUUGCAGCUGUAAUUGCACUAUCCCGCACCUGUGACUACAAACAUCACUGGCAAGAUGUGCUAGUUGGAUCCAUGAUCGGGAUGACAUUAGCCUAUGUCUGCUACAGGCAGUACUAUCCUCCUCUGACCGACACAGAAUGCCAUAAACCACUUCAGGACAAACAUAAACUGCCUACGACACAGAAGAAACCUGGGGAUUCUUACCACUUGACUAUUUAGUGAAAUCUACCUCCUUAGUGAACCAACCUCUUAACUGGACACCAUGCACAAGUCAAGAAUUUCUGACCUUUCACCCUUUCCAAGUAACAGUGAAGACAUAACCAAGUGUAUUUCUGCCUCCACAGGACUAUGCACUUUUGUCCCACUCCACAUGGACUUGUCAUGAGGACUCAAGGAAGGUCCUUCUUCCACUUCUAUGGCACCUAUUCUGUAAAAAGAUCUCCAAUAGUUGUAUUAAUAGGUCUAUAAAACUGGUAUUCCAAAAUCUAUUACUUUUACACUUAAUUAAAUGGCACCCUAGGAGAAAUCUUUUCAAAAA